CCAGCGAAGACAUGACCCAGCCGUCGCUGGUCGGCGGCGCAGCACCCCCAAGUUCCGGCGGCGGCGGGCGGGGCUGGCACGGCCCGGCCCACUGCGGCAACGGCGGGCGGAGCGCGAAGGGUGAGAAGCGGUGGAGUCUUGAGGGGGUCUAUGAUCCACAAAACACGAUCUUCGUUCUGAGGAUACCGAGAACCUGUGGGAGUGCUCAGCCUCCUCCCGUCCGCUGCCGUCGGUCCAACCGCCUCGCAGCUGCCAGGGAUCCCGAUUCCAGAGGCCUUUCCCUCCCCAAGGCAUCGGCUGCCUUCCCCUGAUACCUCCAAAUGGCUGGGUCAGGUAGAGGAAGAGGACGUGCUUCGUUUACCUUCAACAUUGAGGCUAUUGGAUUUGGUAAUGGUGCAGCUCUGCCUGAUGUCAUCUGUAAGCCUCUACCACCAUUUCCAAGUACAGACAAUAAGCCAGUGCCUCUGAAAACAGGAGAAGAUGAAGAUUACAUGUUGGCCUUAAAACAAGAUCUUAGAGGAACUAUGAAAAGAAUGCCGUACUUUUUGACAGUAGAAGAAGAACAUCAAGCAAUUGAGAGGUACAGUCAAAAGUACCAGGACAGUGAAAAGGAGCAGAAAACAUGGACUCCAGAUUGGAGAAGACUCCCAAGAGAGAUGAAACCAAAGAAGACAAGCAAAAAAGGUGCAAAACCAAAAAAGGCAAAAAACUUUGAGCUUAAAAGUAAUCUGGAUGUGAUAAAAAAAAUUGAGGAGUUGGAAAAGAAGGAUGAUGAAGAAGAAAAAUCUGAAGAUGAGAAAGACAAAACAAAAGACAAAGAAGGUGAAGAUGAAGAAGAAGCAGAAGAACCAGAGGAAUAUGAUGAAGAGGAACAUGAAGAGGAAAAUGACUACAUUUCUUCCUAUUUUGAUGAUGGAGAUGACUUUGGUGCUGGCAGUGAUGACAAUAUGGAUGAAGCAACAUACUAACUGUGGUUGCUAGGUGCUACACUGCUCAAGCCUUACACUACUUGAAGUAGAAUUCUGGAGGUAGGCUGAAUAUCAACAGACCUAAUGCUUUAGCUCCAUUGGUUUUAAGCAGACUCUCCAAAACUACAUUGGAGUUUAAUUGUAUUAUGCUGUAAAAGAGGAUAUGAGAUCCUUUGUUUUGUUCUUUUGCCAAGCGUUUUGCAGAUAUGCGCCUUUUUAAGGUCUUCUGGAAUGCCUCCUGAUGGAGUAAGCUAUAUGCCAUUGUGUUGCCUCUGCACAGAAAAAGAAUGUAUGCAUUUUACUUGAAAUUGUGCCUAAGCAUUUGCACUAGUCAGUUCUGUGCCUCAGCAGUGAAAUCUUGAAACCAGUCAUGAAAUUAUUGAUGACUGCAGCAAAAGAGAUUUGGCCUUUAUGGACAUAAACUGCUUGCAUCUGGCAGCUGACUUCUCUGAGGAAGCUUAUGUAACUUCUGAGUUCAAGUGACUGGAAAUAAUUGAUGACUAAGCACUUUAAUAUAAACUGACUUGAAAAAAACUUAGAAGUAUAGACAAACAAUAUGACAGUAAUUUGAAAAGCCACUACUGUAGUUAGAAGAAUACAUUGCCUUUAGUAUUUUGGUAAAAUGUAUUACAUUAUCUUUAUAAAUCAGCUUAAGUUAUAAUUAAGGACAAUUUGAUUUAAAAAGAAUAUAUGGCAGAAGUUAGGAAAUUACAGAAUCCUGGUUUCACCAGUUAGUGAAAAUUUCAGUCCUUUGCCUCAGUUUCUCCGCCUGUUACAGACUUUCUUACCUCACAGAGCUGUUAAGUGAGAAGGAAGAUGAUAUGUAUCUAUGUAAUUGUUAAUGCAUUUGUUUACUUCCUACAGAACAAACAUGACAGAAACAGACAACAAAUCAAUAGAAAAUAAAACCCAAAAAUAUAAGAAAAUAAUGUGGUGCAGUAUUUUAAUGCAUGAGGUUUUUAAUUAGAAAAGCAAGGGAAGAAUGCUAAGAAUAGCAAAACCAGAAUGUUUGGAAACAUCAAUUUUAUUAAAGAACAAAAGCU